GGCCGUGGUGGGGUGAACGUGGAGAGUGAUUCGCUCCUCCGGCCAUCCCAGAUUCCUGAUGGCUGAUUGCACAUCGGGUGAUGGGUUUGAGUUAUAUUUUGAUCUCGUUUCUAUCAUGAUCAUUCAAAGAAAUUACUCUAAUUAAUGCGAACAAGAUAUUCCUCACAGGACCCGAUGCAAUGCAUGUGUCGGUAACGAGGUUGAAGUUCUUUCCUUUACUGUUUUCGAAAAGUUUCGUCCUCGGAAUGGUCUCAGUAAAAGAUUUUAUGCAGUCCUGCUGAAACAUUUUAAGUUGUCUUUUAUUUUUGCAGCAAAUGUUCGUUCUCGUUCUUGACGUUUUCAUGGCAAUCAGAUAUACGCUUGACAUACCAAAGCAUUACGUUCUAAGAUCUCGUCAGAAAAUCCAUGAAGACAUUUAUCACGAGGGACUCUAAGCAAAGAAUUACACAACGGAUAUGAAGAUUCAUUUGAAAGUUAUGCGCUAUUUCAAACCCCGGCGUCUUCAUCGCACAGCUGCUCAAACCUUUAGCGUCGCCCUUCCUGUGGCAGCUGUACUGACUUUGACGUUUGCAGCGUUCGUGUUGGGCUGGUGGAAGGACUCAGUGCGGCUGAGCUUGGGGGGAUGGAGUCUUGCGGCGCUAGGAAGUUCUUCCAAGUCCCCGCGCACGGAGCGGGAGCCUCUGGUCAUGCUCAAGAGAGAACUCUCUGCAGUCAUUCUCAAGGCUGCCAACGAUGUUCGGUGGGGGCGGCCUGCAGUUGCUGUUGCAGAACUGGAGUCGGCGGCUGCUAGACUGGAUCCUCGAUAUAAUAACGACUUGGACUUAGAUCCUGUCGUUGUAGCGAACUGGCCUGCAUCUUUCGCUAACUUGGACUCCGAAGAAGGAGAAGAUGGCUGGGAUUUCGCUCCUGGAGGGGAAAUCCCUGUGCAACCUCGAAUUACCGAAAUGAAUUUGCGUGUUUCAGAUAAAGAUAAAUCAACUGUUCAAGGUAGUUUCGCUCCUGAUGUAUCGACGGGGCAUAGUUUUCCUCGGAGCAUAACCCCUGCCAAAGUUGAAGAGAUUCCCAGACAAAACGUAGAAAGACAAAAAAACGUUUCACAUGAGUCAGAGAGCCUUAGAUGGUGGUCGGAGUUAACCCACCUUUCAUCGGAUCAAAUAGAAGAUAAGAACUUGCCGUUUCUUGUGUCUGUGCUGAUAGAUGGCUGCAACAUUUCACCCAGCACAAAUCUUCAAGUCAUUGAUAAUAUCCAGAAGAUGUGGCCUUCUUUGCAAAUCAAAGUUGCUACGAGUAAAAAUCUUGAUCGCAAAUACUUGGAUGGCGUUAGGAAUAAACCAAACGUAACCGUCCAAUAUGUUGAAUGCAGAGGCUCCGGAGGCCAGAUCGCUCCUCUUGUGAGCUUGGUUUCGACUCCGUUCGUGCUUUUCCUCGAGUGUGCAGCGGCAGUGACGGAAGAUUUGUCAAUAAAAGACAUGCUGAAAACUGUCCGAGACACGAAAGGAGUCGCGCUUAUUGGCGUGUCUGAGCGAGGGAGAGAUGGCGCCUGGGAUUACAUUUGCACGCAACUCAGUAUCAAGAACGCUCGUCUUGAGCUGCAGCAAGGAUACCACUUCUCGAGAGGUGGAUGUUUAUUCUGCGAUGUAACAUCCAGUAGCUUUUUCGCUGCCACGUGGAUAUUGCAAGAAGAAGAAGUUGACUGCACUUUACCGGAGCAUUCCAGACAAUUGGAUUGGUUCCUAAGGUUGCAGCGACAGGGUAUAUUGGUGAUGACGUGUCCAUAUUUAAUGACUCACAUUAAUCGGCAAGUUAUGGUUGAGAAUGAUAUGGUAACGCUCGAUCGUCCUUGUGUUACGAAAAGCCAACGCAUUCAAGCACGGGAUGAACACAUGUUUCUUAAACGACAGUAUAGAAAACUGGCCAAAAAAUGGGAGCUCACAACUGUAGUGCUUGCUAACAACACGAGGCUCGAGUAUAGUUGCUUGGAAAUUCAUUUUAACUGCCAAGCAGUGUCGAGAGUGAAACACUACACUCUGCCUAACUGUUGUCUUAAGAUCAAGAACAGGAUGUUCGCUACACUCUUCGCAGUUGCUAAGAAAGAAAAAGUGCCUUUUGAAGUCAACAGCGGUUCUUUGCUCGGAGCAGUAAAGUUCAAGAAUGCUAUCCCAUGGGAUUUUGACGACGAUGCCGUUUAUAGGAACAAAGACAUGAAAAAUUUUUUGAAGCACAAGCAAAAAAUGCGUCAGUUGGGUCUAUCUCCAGUCUUCAAGAAAGAGUUUGGUGCUAACAAUAAAUCGGCGCUGCACAAUUACUUCAGCAUGACGGGACAAGGAGGAUUCAGCAUGGAUUUGUGGGGAGUCGACAAAUUCAGCUCUCAUGCAGAUGUCGACAAACUGAAGAAUAUUCCUUCGAAUUUGGUGUGUUUCCGUGGUGAUCAUUCACCGGUCACGAUCAAAACUGUACUCAGCGAACGAAAUUCGCAGGUCACUGCUGACAGUACGUCGACUGACAUAGGUGAUGACAAGUCGACUGACACAGGUGCCGCUCAAAAAACACGUAGCGAUGCAUUAAACAACAAGAACCAAAAUAGGUUAGGAACAACAAAUUCCCCGUCUUGUUUCACACAAAGUUUGGUAAAGAUAGGGCAAAAUUGGCUACCAGGCCCGUGGAACCCAGCCCAGGCUGCUCAAAGUCGCUACGGGUCCGGACUGUUUCGCCACGAGCCGCACUGGCGGAUGAAGGAGCAGCAUCAGACAGGCUGGUCCGAUUGCCCUCGCGUCGGACAUCAUGCGUGCCUCGAUUUACAUCCGAUGGAUGGAAGCUUGCCAUUUUUCUAGACUAGUUCAUUCUAGUUUUUAUAUUAGGAAGUUAGUUGUUUGAUCUAUUUUGAACAAUGAGAUACUUGUCUGGGUACAAUUUCUACGAAACAUGUGCCUCAUGUGUUCAUGUCGUCAAAAUUGCGUCAUACAACCGGGUUAUUGAGAAUUAUUGGUGUCACGUUAAUGCUUCGAAACGUUAUAAUAAUUCGGAAAGCUGUCUAAUAGUAGGCCGAGUAAACGUCUUGCAUAAUUUGCUAUCCGAUCCGAAUGGUUGUCGGCCGGCUUCACAGGCCUUAUACGUGAGCGAAAAAAAUGCAACUUAACUAACUCGUUAAGGUUAAUCAAAAAUGCAAGUAACCUUAACGAGAAUCCCGAUUACACCAUCGUUGACAUUAAACAGGGUUAACUCUAGCCCAGACUACCUCACUUGUAAGUAUUGAAAUGAUUCUCAUUAAAGUUGUUACAAAACUUAGCGUUUUCAAGGUAGCUUUAGGCCUUUUGGUAGCCACACGCAAUUACCUCUAGCACUUGUUCCGAUUUUAUUAUCAUACAAGUUAUCAUUCGUAUUGAACCCAUAUGACAUACUCUUUGUAUUUGCAUAGCUGCUGCCUCUCGAAUUCUUAUCAUAAUGACCUAGUGAGAGUAGUUUUUUAUUCUAUGCACUUCAUAGUUAGAACUAUACCACUAAUUAAUCAAGCAUAAAAGCUAUAUUCUCUUACUAAUAGCACCAAUAUAUUUAAAUAUCCAUUCCAUUAGGUUGUGAAUACUUUAGUUAUAUAUUUAUAAAUACAUACUGUACGUCUCUAGUAGCAGUUGAUAGCUUAGACUAUUGCCAAAGAAUGUUGACUAGUUUUAUUGUUGUCAUGGCUUGUUGCUCUCGCAGUUGCCUGGAAUUUUUGCAUCGACUUACUAUUAGCAUUUUAUUUUUGUGCUUAUGGAGAAUAGAGGAUGAUGAAUUGCCUGCAUGAUGAACCCAAGAACUCGUGUAAAGAGACCGGAUUUUUGAAUCCCUAAUACAUUGAAGACAAUUUCUGUUAUACACUACUCUAACCAUGCAAAAAUUUUGAUUAUUCAUGUAUUUCGACAAAUGAUUUAUCGCGUAUCACAGAGGAGAAGGAAUUGGUAUCACCAAGAUCCAGGAUUCUUAAUUUAUAAGAGGCAUAACUAUCUUGACAAUGAUUUGAAAACCCUAAUCCUUGUGCUCUAUAAUUUAUUAGUAGGCAAGUCAAUUGUUCAUUAGUAUAGGUCUUUACAACAGAAGCAAAGAUUACAGUCCUCUGUGCGGAGAAAUUCUUUGUAGGAAUCGUACCGGGUUGUUGUAUCGUACCGGGUUACUGUAUCGUACCGGGUUGUUGUAUCGUACCGGGUUGUUGUAUCGUACCGGGUUGUUGUAUCGUAUCGGGUUGUUGUAUCGUACCGGGUUGUAUCGUACCGGGUUACUGUAUCGUAUCGGGUUACUGUAUCGUACCGGGUUACUGUAUCGUACCGGGUUGUUGUAUCGUACCGGAUUAUUUCAGCCAUUGUAUAGGGCCAUUGUCUUGGUUUAUAGUUUAAUGAGGUGCGUUAUAGUUGAAGUAAGUGCGUGCACAACGUUUCCUACCGCGUAAAAACUUUCAGUCAGGGAUAUUUCGUUAAUAAAACGAAACGUAUAUAUAUAUAAGGAUCGAUUCAUUCAAGUUUAUAUUUAAAAUACAUGUCGAAGUGAGUA